GCCACUUCUUGCCCAGCACACGCACCAAUGGCAUCGCGAGGCAGCAGCGGAUCAGGAGCAGCAAUUGGCGGCGGCGGCGGCGGCGGCGGACGCGGCGGGAGGAGGCAGCAGCCCCGUAUCGCAUCGGGCGCACGGGCGGCGCCGUAUGCCCGGCCCGAGUCGUCGGGCAUGGCCUCACGCGACGCCUGGAAGGGAGAUGAAGCGAGAGCACGCCAGGACGCGGCCAAGCAGUGGCCGCCCAAUCAGAUCAGCAUCCUCGGCAGGAGCGGGCCCACCUGGGUCGUCGUCUCCAACCUGCUCAAGGGCACAUCUGCAGACGACAUUGCUGAAACAUUCCGUGCAUUUGGCGAGAUCGAAGAUAUUGUCCCGCGACCAGCUCCUUCCGAGAAUCACCCCUCGGUCGCAUACGAGGUGGCCUUUACGAAGCGUGCUGCCGCCGACGAGGCAAUCCACAAGCUCGACAAGGCCCUCGCCGACGGACGUCUCCUCUCCGUUUCCCUGCGUCCGCGGGCAGAGGGCGCCAUCGACUUUGAUCGGCCCAGGACCAAUCCAGCUGCUGCUACUACCGCUGCUGCUGCUGUCCCAGCGCCGGCUGCCCAGCGGAAACCAGACCUCUUUGCACAGCAGCCGCCAAGGGGCCCGCGCGCCCAGCAGCAGCAGCAGCAGCCCUCGCUCAACACGGGCAAGGAGCUCUUUGGCAAGGAGCUCUUUGCCGGCAACGGCAGCCGAAACGGCCAUGGCGCCCCGUCAUCCAAUGCAAGGCGCCUCGCGGCCGCUCAGCAGGGUGCGCGAGUCGGGACGGCCGUCGGCAAGAGCGGGCCCAGAAAGGCGCCCGCGGGCACGGCGCCGAGCUUGCAGUCGCGCCUCAUGACGGCGCAGGAGCUGCAAGCGCUGCAAAAGAGACAGGCCAAGGCUGCUGCUGCUGCAUCCUCGUCCAAGGGCGGUGCAAAGGCAAAGGCAGAGAACCCACUGGCGAAGCGCAUCGGCGGGCUGCCCUUGGCCAUGAGGCUCAGCGAAGGCGCGCCCAAGUCGGACCAGCACGGCACCUCGUCUGCAGCAGCGGCAGCCGCCAAGAAGCGGAAGCGGCCUGUCAAAAAGACAAAGAAGACAGCCAUGGACCUCGACUGAAAACUGAAAACUAAAAGGAAUCCACCAAAGCUUCUUCCUGUGCAUCUGUCCAGCACCCUCUGUAUAUGCGCACUUGCUCAUUACUGCCCUUUCGCAAGAAUGGCAUCGGCAUUUAGCCAGGUCCGUCACUUCAUUCUCUAGCCUUAUGGUUGCUAAUGGAGUGCAAAUUGAACAAAGAGCAAUAA